AUGGAGAGCAACACUUCUAACGUUGACAACUCGACCUUCAGUGGAAAUUCAACCCCUGCUAAUGUGCCAAUAGAUGGAGGCAUGACUGAAAGUAUUGUUGGUAAUAUCCUGUCCCCAAUCGAGGAACAACGACCAGCCUACCAGGACAUUUAUCAUAGAUACCUUGCUCUUUCUUCUACACAAGCCCUCAUUCCAGUUAAGCUUCUUCACUUAACCAACCUUAUUUUUGCUGGAUCGAGAUUAUUAGCUUUUUAUUUAAGCAUGAAGACCCAUACAUACCAAUUUCCCAAGUCAACAUGUCUUGACGGCAAGGAGCGUUGCUCCAUAUGCUUGGAUGAUUAUUACGACAAGGAAAAACUCACAGAAAUCAGUUGUGGUCAUAUAUACCAUUUUGAUUGUAUUAGAGAGUGGAUCAAGCUCAAGAACAUUUGUCCUAUUUGCAAGAGGGAUCCAGCUGCAACAAUCAGUUAA